AUGUCCAAGUAUCUAGAUGAGUCACUACUCAUAUCAAUUUUGCAGCAAAAGAAUUUGGAGGAUGGAUGUAACGAGAAAUUGAAGGCACAUCUAACAGAACAGAUGUAUGAAAAUCUUGGAAUGGUAAUGGUUUUUACAAUGGUCAGUGCAGCUCAAGAAUGGCUGAACGUACAGUGGCACAAGAUAAACCUGAGGAGAGAGGAGACUGCGGCACAAAAACUGAAGGAGGAAAAGGAUGGAGAAGGGAAUAUUGAAAACACGGGCUAAGACAUUCGAAAUAUAUUCAUUCACACAGACGACAAUGGUUUUAUAGACUACUUGAGAGAACUCUCGUAACUGUCGAAUCUUUUCCAAGCUGGAAAGAGAACUUUGAUGAAGAAAUGGGCUACACAAAACGGAAAGAAUUAGCGGAUAGCGAGGGCAAA